AUGUCGCAAGAGAGCUUGACCCACGAGGAAGAGCGUCGCCAUUGGUUGGAUAAUCCCGGGAUUUUGUCGCGACACGAGCGAGUAUGGAGGAGUAGGCAGAAUUGGUUGGAGGAGCGCGGCUACAUGCUGCGCUCUCGCUACAAGCCAGACUGGGUGCCAUCCUGGUCAGGAACAGGGAAAUGGUACAACAAUUGCGUAGAUGGGCCAGGGAAUCCGAACGGUCUUAGAGUCAUCGACGCUACUCGUAUAUCGGAUGGUUCCUUCGUGAUGCUUAAACGUGUCAAGGCCGAUAAUCUCUCGGAACUUGAAAUCAUACGGUUUCUUUCAUCUGAGCCUCUAGCCUCCGAUCCACGUAACCAUUGUACUCCUUUGCUCGAUGUUCUGCCACUUCCAGACCCCCAGGAUGGUGUUCUUGUGGUAACGCACAUGCUGAGGCCAUUAGAUAAUCCUCGCUUUGAGACCAUCGGAGAAGCCGUCGCGUUCUUUUCCCAAAUCUUCGUCGUACGUUCCUCCCCCGUGCAUAACCUUCUUGACGCCGUGCUCAUCGUCGAUUGCACAUCCGGUAAUAUCAUGAUGGAGCCUGUCAUGUUUCCGAACCCUUAUCAUCCCGUCAAGAUCGAGCGUAGGCGAGACUGGAAGGGUCGUACGCCAUAUUAUACUCGUACAGAGUGUCCACCACGCUACUUUUUCAUCGAUUUUGGCCUCUCUAUUCGCUAUCCUUCCGCUGAUGGGCCACACCUUGAGCUGCCAAUCCGAGGUGGUGAUAAGACGGCGCCCGAACACACUGGAGCGAACUAUAUGAUUCCGUGUGAUCCGUUCGCCACCGACAUAUAUUAUCUUGGGAACUUGAUUCGUGAGACGUUCAUCCAGAAAUGCUACGGCUUCAGAGUCAUAGAGCCUCUAGUCGCCGACAUGGUGCAGGAAGAACCAUCGAAGCGUCCCAAGAUUGAUGAAGUUGUACGUCGGUUUGAGCUCAUUCGGAAGUCCCUCAGCUGGUUGAAGCUACGCUCCCGUAUUCGGAAACGAAAAGAGAUCACUCCCGUUCGUUUUUGGAGGGCAUGCAUUCACAUAUAUCACAACGCUCUAUACUUGGCCACUCGUACACCCGCUAUUCCUGAUGCAUGA